UGUAACGGGUAGAGAACUGCUGGGACAGAUGCGUUCGAGUCACUCCAGAGUUUGCACAUCCAAAUUCGCAAGUUUGCAGAGCAAGACACAUCAGACCGAGUAUGCGAUUCUCAGGUAUGUAAUAAGAUGGAAAGAAUCAAAUAAAUGAUCUCAUCAAUAACCAGAAACGGAGUGAGUACAUGAUCGACGCAACAGAGAAUGGCGCGUCGACGCACGCAACCACCGUCGCACACCACCCCCACCGCCGCCGAACUCGUACAUACACACGCCCACCGACAUUCCCCUCACACGGACUCGACUCACGGAGCGCCGCGGCGCCCCGGACGACGGACGGAUCUAGCAGAAGAGGUAGCCGAAGGCGGCGGCGGCGAGGGACGCCGCGGCGAGGGGCACCGCGGCCGCGGCGUCGGAGGCGGGCGCCGGGGCGGGGGCCUCGGUGGCGGCGGCGGCGGACGCGACGAGCGCGGCGGCCAUGGCGGCGGCGGCGACGAACUUCAUCCUGAGGCCGGCCAUCUGCGACGACGACGAGUUGGGUGGACGGGUCUUUACUGGGCCGCGCGAGAUCUCCCUAGGAGAGUAGAGAGGCGCGCGCAGGACACGCAUAGAAGUUAG